CAAACUUAUGAAGUAUCACAUAAUUUUAUAUACCAGUGUGUCAAGUCUGAAAGAACAUUUUGGUUGCUAAAUAAAACGUCUCCCCUAUACUUGUUCGUCGAUUUGAAGAAAAGCGAUGUAGUUUAUUGCAAAGUCCCUCCCCCAGGUUUCUGUGCGUUGUGAAUGUGAGUGCGCUCUCUGCGUCCCACAUUCAGUCCGUGCGCGCACGGGAGCGCACUGAGCACCUCCGCGGAUCAGACGGUAAGGGGGAGACAGAGAGCACACGCGGGUUUCAACUGUUGCUGGACAUCACAUCCUCAGUCGCCGUCGUUAACAUGCAAGUUCACAUCGCCGGCAUCCUGAUGUGCGGAGUGUCGGUGGUGCUGACCAUGUUUAAUGUAUCAGAGGAUCGGACUCACUGCCCACUGGGCUACUUCCCCUGUGGAAACCUCAGUACCUGUCUUCCUCAGCUACUACACUGCAAUGGCGUGGACGACUGUGGGAAUCAGGCAGAUGAGGAGAAUUGUGGAGACAAUAAUGGUUGGCCUCAUCUCUUUGAUAACUAUUUUGGCAUCCCCAGUAAUAACCUUGGAACCAAGUCAAACGCCUGCUUGCUUGGGACCGUCCCAGCUGAGUGCCAGUGCAGGGACCUGGAGCUUGACUGUGACGGUGCUCACUUUAAAGACGUUCCCACAGUAUCCAUUAAUGUCACCAUGAUGUCCCUACAGAGGAACCGGCUUAGAAAGCUAAAUGCUGACAUGUUCUUGAAGUAUCAGAGCCUUCAAAAGCUGUAUCUCCAGCACAACCGAAUUAAAGCAGUGCACCCACAUGCUUUCAGAGGCCUUUACAAUCUGACAAGACUGUAUCUCAGUUAUAAUCGAAUCACCACCCUACUUCCCAAUGUGUUCCAGGAUUUGCACAAACUAGAAUGGCUGAUUCUGGAGAACAACAAUAUUCAUCACAUCUCCUCUUUGACCUUCUCUGGUUUGCGCUCCCUUGUGCUUCUAGUGUUGUUGAACAAUGCUCUCACGAAGCUUGAUGACAUUUGCCUGGAAAUGCCACGAUUAAAUUGGCUAGACGUUGAGGGAAAUAAGAUGGAGACUGUGGGAAAUGUGACCUUCAGGUCCUGUAACAUGUUAACAGUCCUGGUCCUCCAGCGGAACCGCAUUAGUUACAUCCACAAGCAGGCUUUCUCUCUGCUUCGUAAACUGGGCGAGCUGGAUUUGUCCAGUAACAGAAUCGAAGCAAUCCCUCCUGAUCUUUUCGUCAGUCUUGGAGACCUGCUUCAGCUGAAUAUUUCAUAUAACCCUAUCACGGACCUGCGUGUGGACCUCUUUGACAAGCUGCAUAAGUUAAAGUCCCUGAGCAUUGAGGGAAUCGAAAUUGGGAACAUUCACAGAAAGAUGUUUGAACCUCUCAAGAACCUGACUCACAUCUACUUCAAAAAGUUUCAGUAUUGUGGCUAUGCACCUCACGUCCGCAGCUGCAAGCCCAAUACUGAUGGCAUCUCUUCUUUUGAGGACCUUUUGGCCAACAUCGUGCUGCGUGUCUUCGUCUGGGUUGUCUCAGCAACGACAUGUUUCGGCAACAUCUUUGUGAUCUGCAUGCGGUCCUACAUUCGCUCCGAAAACAAGCUCCAUGCCAUGUGCAUCAUCUCUUUAUGCUGUGCAGAUGGUCUGAUGGGUGUCUACCUCUUCAUGAUAGGCGCAUAUGACCUGAAGUUUCGGGGCGAGUAUAAUCGUCACGCUCAGGCCUGGAUGGAUAGUGUACCCUGUCAAGUGAUUGGAUCUCUAGCCAUGCUCUCAACCGAGGUGUCAGUUCUGCUCCUCACCUACCUCACCCUGGAGAAAUACAUCUGUAUCGUCUACCCGUUCCGAUACCUGACCCCUGGCCGUAGACGUACUGUUACCAUUUUGGUGGUCAUCUGGAUCUUGGGCUUUGUUAUUGCUUUCCUGCCUCUCGUCUGUAAAGGGGUUUUCAGAAACUUCUAUGGAACCAAUGGCGUGUGUUUCCCUUUGCAUUCUGAGCAGCCAGAGACUCUCGGAGCACAGAUCUACUCCAUUGUGAUCUUUCUGGGUCUCAAUCUGGUUGCCUUCCUCAUCAUCGUAUUGUCUUAUGGAAGCAUGUUUUACAAUAUCCAGAGAACAGGAACCCAGACGACCAAAUACACCAACCACAUUAAGAAAGAGCUGACCAUUGCCAAACGCUUCUUCUCCAUUGUCAUCACCGAUUCGCUCUGCUGGAUCCCCAUUUUCAUACUCAAGAUUCUUUCCCUGAUGGAGGUCGAAAUCCCUGGAACCAUCAGCUCCUGGGUCGUCAUCUUCAUUCUGCCGAUCAACAGCGCUCUCAACCCCAUCUUGUACACGCUGACCACGCGGCCCUUCAAAGAGACACUGCUGCAGGUGUGGUCCAACUACAGACAGCGGAGACCCCUCAUCAGCAGCCACCCGGCUCAUCUGCCUUCCUUUACGUGGCAGGAAAUGUGGCCUCUGCAAGAAAACAGCCAAACCCUCUGCACACAUCCAUCCGAAAUGUCUAACACCACCCAGCUGCUGCCCGUGGAGGGGUCGAACGGGACAUGAGGGGGUCUGAUGGAGUCCUGCCAUCAGCAUCUUGUCAUGCCUCAUAGCCAUGGACUCAUUCUGAAAGAACAUACAGUUUUUUUUGUAUGUUUGUGGAUGUUAACAUGCAUGUCCUCACUCAGAGCAGGGAUAAUAAUGAUGCACUGUUUGCCAUCAUGAGUGUGUGUUUGUUUGGGAGGAUAUUAGGAGAACGGCACAAAAAAACAACGACACAGAGCCCUACUGAAAAGACCUGCUGGUUUAUGCUGAUUUGUGCUGGUCUCUGUGGUUUACCAAGGGAAAGCUGUUGGUUAAGAGCAUUGUCAAAAAAUUACAAGUCUGUCAUCAUUUUGUUCCACCCUCAUGUCGUUUCAUAUAAAAUUCUUUUAUUUUA